UAUAUUUUUGACAUUUCUGACUGAAUCGAAGCAGCUACUUCAUUCACACUUAUCACUGCGGAAGAGAUACAUCACUGCUUAGAUGACGGACUGUAAUAAACCUAUUCCUUUUUAUUACUCCACGAGCGGUAAUACAGAGGAAGAUGAGAAAUUAUUGGAACCAAUCAGGUAUAUCCUUCAAGUUCCCGGAAAACAAAUAAGAGCAAAAUUAGCAAAGGCUUUUAAUUACUGGCUAAAGAUAUCGGAUGAUAAAGUCCAAGAAAUCGAUGAUAUAAUAAAUAUGCUCCAUAAUUCAAGCAUUCUUUAUUUGUUAUUGCGACAAAUAUUACUGAAGCCUCCGUCGAAUCGGAAGGACGCCUUUGCCAAAUUAGAGGAAUUCAAUUUUGGAUCUGAGUUUGAAUCUUGGUUUAGGAUUGAUGAUAUUCAAGAUAAUUCAAUUAUGCGAAGGGGCAUUCCUGUUGCACAUUCAGUUUAUGGAAUUGCUAGCUCAUUAAGUGCCGCAAAUUAUGUAUUAUUCAUUGCUUUGGAAAGAGUUAUUAAUUUAAAACAUCCAGCGGCAACGCAAGUAUAUAUGGAGCAAUUAUUAGAACUUCAUAGAGGUCAGGGAAUGGAUAUUUUUUGGAGAGAUAAUUUCAUCUGUCCAACUGAGGAAGAUUACAAAACUAUGACAAUAAGAAAAACUGGUGGGCUUUUCAAUUUAGCGGUAAGACUAAUGAAACUAUUUUCAACUUAUGAAGAAGAUUUUUCGUCACUAAUAGCUACUUUGGGAUUAUAUUUUCAAAUACGUGAUGAUUAUUGCAACUUAUGCCUCAGUGAGUACACUGAGAAUAAAAGUUAUUGUGAAGAUUUAACCGAAGGAAAAUUCAGUUUUCCGAUUAUUCAUGCGCUUAGAAGCAAUCCCGACGAUAGGCAAAUAAUAAAUAUUGUACGGCAACGAACAAAGGAUAUCGAAGUGAAACGUCAUUGCAUUAAAUUAUUAGAAAGAUUUGGUUCCUUUGAAUACACGAGAAAUGUACUUGAAGAACUGGAUUCGACUGCGAGAACUGAAAUUGAACGAUUAGGAGGCAACCCACUCCUGGUGAAGAUCCUAGAUGAGCUUAAGAAUUGGGAUACCCAAGAUGCGCCUAAAGAUCCUUUAACUGGAACAUUUUAAACUUAAAAUUAUUUUUUUUAACGCCAUAAUGUAGCAUUGCACUGGUUUUUAAAUAAUAUAUAUUAUACAAAAUAGUUGUGCUAAUG